CACGUGCGAUGGCGAUUUGCGAUGUGCGCUAAUUUCUAGCUCGUUUUUUGUGUGGGAGACGGGAGCACAUUUCAUUCAUUUUAAAAUUUAUUCUCUUUCUGGGUGUGCUCGUAGUGCUUCCGUGUUGUUUUUUUUCUGAACAACUGAUAUUUUCUACAACAAAAACUGAAUACAAACAAUAAUAAAUAAAAAAAGAAAAAUGCUUUCCAAAAAAGAAAACGAAAUGCGUGCUCUUGCACUAAAACUAUACGAAAUUAACGCUUUCAAAUUCGGUGAUUUUAAGAUGAAAGUCGGAAUCAAUUCACCUGUAUACUUUGAUCUACGUGUCAUCGUAAGUUUCCCAGAGGUCAUGGAGCAAGUUUCCAAUCUCAUAUCCGACUACGUUCGUGAGAACAAACUCCAAUGCAAACACGUCUGUGGCGUUCCCUACACAGCCCUUCCCAUUGCAACAAUCGUCUCAGUUCGCGAAAACAUACCCAUGUUGGUGAGACGCAAAGAAGCCAAAAGCUAUGGAACGAAAAAACUCAUCGAAGGCAAAUACAACGCCGGAGACACGUGUUUAAUUGUUGAAGAUGUUGUCACCUCUGGGUCUAGUGUAUUGGACACUGUGAAGGACCUCCAGAAGGAAGGAAUCGUUGUCAGUGACGCGGUGGUAGUAGUUGACCGCGAGCAAGGAGGAUCUAAUAAUAUCAGCAAACACUCGGUUCGCAUGCAUUCCCUAUUCACUCUUUCGUAUCUGUUAAAUGUACUGAAAGAAGCUGGAAAGAUUCAACAGGAAACUGUUGAUUCAGUUGCUAAAUAUAUUAGCGGAUGUCAAAUCAAUAGCGAUGGUUCUUUUGUCGAUGGGCCUAAAAAAGUUGUAAACGAAUUCGCACGCACAAAAAUGACUUUUGAAAGCCGCUCAAAUUUGGCAAAAUCUGAAGUUGCUAAAGAUCUCUUCAAUCUUAUGGCAACGAAAAAAACCAACUUAUGUCUUGCAGCUGACUUGACAGAUUGUGAAAAAAUCCUUAAUAUAGCCGACGUAUGCGGGCCAUACAUUUGUGUUCUAAAAACGCACAUCGAUAUUGUGGAAAAUUUCAAUGAAGAUUUUGUAAAGAACUUAGUAACAUUGUCAAAGAAGCACAAUUUUCUUAUUAUGGAAGACAGGAAAUUCGCCGACAUCGGCAACACAGUAUCUAUGCAGUAUUCGCAAGGACUUUUUAAAAUUGCACAAUGGGCGGAUUUGGUAACGGCUCAUUCGAUCUCUGGCCAGGGAAUAUUGCAAGGACUCAAAGCUGGUCUAGUAGAUGCACCAAAAAAACGUGGUGUUUUUCUCUUGGGCGAGAUGUCUUCGUCAGGCAAUCUUAUAAAUGAACAGUACAAAGAAGCUACCACAAAACUGGCAACAAACAAUGAAGAUGUUGAUUUUGUAGCAGGAAUUGUUUGUCAAAGUGCAGAUUGUUUUGCUUUUCCCGGACUUAUACAACUGACACCGGGUGUAAAAAUAGAUGAAAGUGGAGAUAAAUUGGGUCAGCAAUAUCAAACGCCCGAAUUUAUUGUACAGGAAAAAGGUGCUGACAUUGCAGUUGUUGGUAGGGGUAUACUCGAAGCAAAAUGCAUUGAGAAAGCGGCAGUAUUAUACAGAGAUAGAUUGUGGGCAGCAUAUUGUGAUCGUAUAGCUUAGACAUGGGCUAGAAAAUUACAAAAAAAAAAAUUAUUAUACAAUCCGAAAGAUAUGGUUACGAUGAAAGUUAAUUUAACGUAUAAGAUGUUUUGUACAAAAAUAAAAUAAUGAAUUAGUUUUCUUCGAACUCAUAGCCACAUGCAUAUAUUUUUUAUACAAAUCUUUUAUUUUUAACUUUCAUUUUUAUCUAAGCAAAAAAAUAAUAUAAAUUUAUAAUGUAUUGUUGUACAAGAUGUUUCAAAAUGAAAUAAAAAAAAUGAAUCUGUUAAAAUAAACAAA